CCGGGCUGCACCUCCCGGCGCGCCGCGCGCCGCCGCGUGACGGGGCGGGGGGCAGCGCUGCCGCAGCGGCGGAGGCAGCGCGCGGGCCCCAUUGUGUGGCGCGGCCGCCAUCUUGUGCCGGAGGGGCUGCGCGCCGGGCCGCCACCUCUGUCCCGGACGGGGCCUCCGCAGGGGGCCGGGGCCGCCCCUUCUCCGCCCUGGGACGCUCUCCCCGGCCGCUGCCGUGCCCCGAGGCGGCGGGAAGGGCUGCCUUCCGCGGCGGCCCCCGGGGCUGAUGCGCGGCCUCGGGCAGCGGGACGCAGCCGCCGCGCCGGGCCGGGCGUGAGGGCCGCCGCCGCGCCGCCUCCUGCCCCGUCCCUCCCCGCCCCAGCCCGAAAGCCGAUGCCGCCACUGGACCAGCGCCUCCCCGGGCCGCGGGCGUAGCGGUGGGCGCUGCCAGCGCCGCUCCCCGGGAGGCGGGCGCCCGCCGCCCACCGGCCGCGGAUCAGGAGACCGAGGGCCGGCCCCGAGGAGCCGCCGCCCGCCCCAUCAGGCGAGGGUUAGGAGAGCCAGCCCCAGCGCCGCACCCCGCCCGCCCCGGCCGGCUGGAGAACCGGGCAACCGCGGCGGCCGCACCAUGAAGAUCAAGGAUGCCAAGAAGCCGUCUUUCCCAUGGUUUGGCAUGGACAUUGGGGGAACUUUGGUGAAACUUGCAUAUUUUGAACCUAUUGAUAUCACUGCAGAGGAGGAGCAGGAAGAAGUUGAAAGCUUGAAGAGCAUUCGCAAAUACCUGACUUCCAAUGUAGCCUAUGGAUCCACUGGCAUUCGAGAUGUCCACCUUGAGCUGAAAGACUUAACGAUUUUUGCUCGAAGAGGAAACUUGCACUUUAUUCGAUUCCCAACUCAUGAUUUGCCUACUUUUAUCCAAAUGGGAAGAAAUAAAAACUUUUCCACACUACAUACGGUGCUCUGUGCCACUGGUGGUGGCGCUUACAAGUUUGAAGAAGACUUUCGCACAAUUGGAAACCUCCAGCUGCACAAACUGGAUGAGCUUGACUGCCUUGUCAAAGGCUUAUUGUAUAUAGACUCUGUCAGCUUCAAUGGCCAGGCAGAGUGCUAUUAUUUUGAAAAUGCCUCAGAUCCUGAGAGAUGCCAAAAGAUGCCUUUUAACCUGGAUGAUCCAUACCCGUUGCUGGUUGUUAACAUUGGUUCGGGAGUCAGUAUUUUAUCAGUCCAUUCCAAAGACAACUAUAAAAGAGUAACUGGAACAAGUCUAGGUGGAGGGACCUUUCUUGGUUUAUGCAGUUUGUUGACGGGCUGUGAAAGUUUUGAAGAAGCUCUGGAAAUGGCAUCCAAAGGAGACAGCACGCAUGCUGACAAGCUGGUUCGAGAUAUUUAUGGAGGAGACUAUGAAAGAUUUGGCUUGCCAGGAUGGGCUGUAGCAUCUAGUUUUGGGAAUAUGAUCUACAAAGAGAAGAGAGAGUCUGUUAGUAAAGAAGAUCUUGCAAGAGCCAUAUUGGUCACCAUCACCAAUAAUAUUGGGUCUAUUGCCCGGAUGUGUGCCGUAAAUGAGAAAAUAAACAGAGUUGUGUUUGUUGGCAAUUUUUUACGUGUGAAUACUUUGUCAAUGAAGCUUCUUGCAUAUGCACUGGAUUACUGGUCAAAAGGCCAGCUGAAGGCCUUGUUCCUAGAACAUGAGGGAUACUUUGGAGCUGUUGGUGCUCUUCUUGGGCUGCCAAAUUUCAGCUGAGAUACCAGAUGUCACUACACUGAACUAUUUUCCAUCUGAAUGAUACUUGUUUAUGGCAAUGGAAACUACAUCUGGGGAGGGGAGAAAAAAAUAGCAGAUUUUCUGUAACUCUUUUUAAGAAGUGAUGAGCUACUGAGUAUUGCCAUUAUAAGGAAGGGGGUUUCAUUCUGUUGGGCAUUGAUAAAUGAAAUGUGUGGGGAUAUCGUUUGUGUUCUUUGGUACAUGUAGCCAAUAUCGAACUUCUAAUAUGCAAUACAUCCUCUGAAAACAAGCUUCCAGAGGAAGGAAUGCCAAUCCUUUAAGUGCUCAGUGUGUUAAUAUUGCAAGUUUACUCCUGAGGCUUUAGGCCCAUCAGUUUUGUAUAUAAUUGGUGAAUGAAAAAUUAUUUUUAUUAGUUAUACUGUGUUAUGAGCACAAUUUCCCAUGUGUACUUCAGAAAGCAACUUUAAAAACAGUAAGGUACUAUCUACAAGAUGAGGAAAUUGUAGACAAUUGCUUCCCACAGUAAGAAUAGUAAUUAUUUUAUUUUUAUGUGUAAUGGAAAUAAUAUUAAUGCUUUAAUUUUUCGUGGGAAGAAUAGAAACACAAAAAAUCAGCCAAAGCAGCAGAUUUAUGCAGUUGAUGUUUUGAAGGUUUUGUGAAGGUACUCACUUGUCCUCUUCGUUUAUUUGAAGAUCCCCUCUGUCUUUGGUUGGAUUUGGAAAAAAAUUGAUGAGUGAAGGCAGGUUUGGGGGGUUGGGAUUUUUUUUUAAGGAUGUGACUUCCAAAAUGCCUUCUGUUUUUUUUCGUGUCUCAUUAAAUUUGACAUCAUGCAUCCUUGUAAAGGUACCAGAAAGGCUGAGAGAAUUGAAGAAAUCCUUAUAAAACAGACUAAAAAUAGGAUCUCAUAAUUCUGGUGCUUUGGCUUAUUUCUGUGGAGAUUUGGAAAAUUUCUGCCCCAUACUACCAAUUUGAAAAUGUGAUUUUUCCUUAAUUUUGUAAGAGUUGAUCAGAAUCUAAUUAGAUGUUGAAAAUGAAAGGUUGUUAGCUUGCUUCUGGAUUUGGAAGUUUGUUUUUAAAAGUUGCGGACUGCAUCAGAGUUUGUAUUGCAGCACCAAAUGGACCAAUAUUUAGUGCACUUGCAAUAUGGAACCAUUCAUCAAAUUGUGGCCUUGGGAUAAAAUCCGUACUCUAGAACUGAUCUUUGGGUUUUUCUGUAUACUUUUAAAAUUUACAGUUGUGAUUACUUUAAUAAGUUUAGCAUUGAAGCCAGGGCAUGAGAUGUUAAACUUGUAAGAAUAUUAUACAGUCAUUAACUAUAUGACUCUUUGUAGACUAAAGAGCUACCCAAUUUUAUGACAUCAUUUUAUUGUUAAAUAUUUCCUAUAAGUGCAUGAGGAGCAACCAGACUAGAACACAUUUAUAUGUUGAGUUUUAAGGUGUUUUUAAAACUGAUUGCUUGAGUAUUCCACAGCAUGGCUGUGUUGUAUUCAUGGACACAUCCACCUAGUGUGUUACAAACCUCUAUGUGCUAUUUUCAGUCUUCUCUUUCUUUUCUUAAAAUUGAAAGCCCCAUACUAACAUCAUGUGGGUUGUGGUUUGUUUGGGUUUUUUUUAAUUUCUGUGGUCCUUUAAGAGUACAGUAACUUAGAGUAGCCAAUUCAUUAAGCCCAAUGCUGAUUGCAAAUGCAGUUCCAUUUAUUGCUGUUUUUUCUGGUACUCAUACUACAUUUCUGUUGUGCUUGCUUUGAUGUUUCGUUGUAGACAUAAAAACAAACAAAAAUUACACUGACAGUUCAACCAAUCUAAUGCUAAAUCAGAGCAUUUCAGAAAAUAAGUGAAUAUGGUUUUUAUAGAAUGUCUCUAAAGUGCUGUAUGCCGUUCCUUUUAAGUGAGAAUUGACUAGGGAAAAUAACCUUUAUUUGGUUAUAAAACUUUGUAAAACCUUUUUUCUGAACAUUGUGACAGCCUCCUGAAAAUUUUGCAGAUCAACUGCAUAUUUUUCUUGCAAAGUGAGGUACUUAAGACACAUACUACAGCUUGAUUAGAAACAGUUCCUUGAGACCAUAUUUAUUGCUACUUCACUUCUCAUUUUCUGAUACUGAAGGAGAGCUGCUCUUGAAGCAGUAGUUAGAAGUUACUUGUAUGUUUAACCAGAAGCAUAUGUAGAAGAUGAUUACCUAAUGACUGUGGUUAAUUUAAACCAUUUGAAGUUGAUAUGACCUAAGAUACAUUUUUAAAGUUAAUUGUACAGAGUUACAGAAUAAAUCAAUGGAGUAAUUCUUGAAUAGCAGUACUGUAUAGAAACUACUGUGAGGAUCAAAAAGUAUGCCCUACCUCUGUUUGACUUCCUUGAGCUUCUAAAAAAAUUGGCUUCCUUUUGCUAGUUUUAUCAGCACAAUUAUUACUUCAUUACAAGAGCAACCAGAGAAGUUUUCAGGCCCUACUGUAAAGCCCAGGGGCCCUGUAUUUAAGCCACGUCUUUGGUUUCAUCUCAUUUUCUCUUCAACUUAUUACUAGAGUCUCCAAAGAUUGACUCUACCAUCAGUAGAAGUGCUAGGCAUCACAAAUAGCUGCAAGAUAGGCCUUAAAGUCUUUUCAUAUAGAUUCUCUUCUAAAUGGGUUGAAAAGGCUUGGUUUUUUUCAUGCAGAUCACUUGAAGUAAGUUGCUUUUUCCUGAUCGUCUCUGUUUUUACUUUCACCAUUGCCAUUUCUUUUCCUGAAAGCUAACUGGUUGAAGCAGCUUUAGAGUGAAUUGAUUCAAUGAAGAGUAGAGAAAAUUUGAGGUUUUCUCAGGGCUACUGUUGUCUUUUCAAGUGGAACCACUUCUAGAGGAAAGUUGUGUGAAAUUUCUUCUUCUAAAGUAAAGUGUAAAGCUCAUUUUGAAUGUGUAAUCGUUUUCAGCUCAAUCAGCCAUGUGAGUGCCUUUUAAUUUUUUCAUAUAAUGCCAGUUUCGCUGGUACUUGGGACUUUAUCCAGGAGGUUUCCUAAACAGUGUUGCUUACAAGAGAAAUGGCAGAUAUUUUUAUUUGCCAUGGAAACGAUCCCUUCAGUCCAGUGUAGCUAGGGAUGCCAGGAAAACAACAUCAGGUUUCUGGCUUCCUAUCCCUGUAGCCCUUAUAUUGGGGUAAUGCUUUUGCAUUUCAUGGUCUCAUCCCUCCAGCUUGGUCUUUUUAAGUAUUAUGCACAGUUUUAUUCUAUCAGUAAAAAUCAUGCAAGUUUUUAGUCAGAUAAGUAUGGAUUCUUUCUGGCCAAAGUAGUUCAUUUUUAGAUGAAGCUAUUCCAAGUUGAUAUGGCUGUUAAACUUAACCACUUUCACCUUUCGAGUUCUACUAGGAUAACUGCAAUUUGAAUGAGAAGGGAACAACUUCCACAAUACAUUUUAAAUAUUUAGCAAGCUGGAAUGAACAUGUCCUCAGCGUUCUUUACUGAAGGUAGCAGAGGUUUAAGUAUAAACACUUCUUCAUUCUUUUAGUAAAGCCUCAAUAAAUGUAACAGUUCGGAGAGAAGCAGCACUGGUACACUUCCUUUGUCUUAUAGUUUGGUCCAGAUUUUCAAAGGGUGUUCAGAUAUCUGACCUGCCUUUUGAAGAUCCUUCUCUCUCUCUCUCUCUCUCUCUCUCUCUCUCUCUCUCUCUCUCUCUCUGUUCUGCAAGUAAGCACCCGUGUGAUUCUACCAACACCUCCAUUCAUAAUCUGAGAGUUACAGCAUGGAAGACCGCGUUGUCCAAUUUAUUCUCAGCUUAUAUAUUCAGAACAAAAGCUCAGUUCUGGCUUCUCAUAAUGAAUUAAAUAUUCCUUCAGUAGUACUGUGAGAUUUCUCCUUGCAUUUGAGUUGAUGGUAGUAUACAUGCAAGGUGAUUAUAUUGCCUUUAAGGGUUGUAAUACUAGCUCUUUGUCUCUGUCCAGCAGAGGUCUUCAGGAAGUAUCUACUUCCGGAUUAAGUUGCAAUAACUUCUCAUUUCUAAAUGUUUCAGAAUAACAGUUGGAACUAAUUAAAGUGUCUUCUAUCAAGAGCAAAUCUGUGCUUCUUAAAGACUAGAUGGUGUCUUAUGCACUCAGUCAUCAACUUAUGUUAAUACCUAAAUUUGCAUUCAACCUAUUUUUAAAUAUCACUCUCGCUCUUAAUGUUCUGGAUACUAGAUGGCUAUAAUCGUGAGGAAACAGUUCGGUUGAGUUCAGAACAGAGAUGAAGGUCAGUGCAGUUCUGUUGAGCUAGUUGUGGUCAGCUUUUUAUCCCAAGUCCAUUUGCGCACAUAAUGAGAAUAGUGUUUGCCUAGAGACAGGGCUUUCUGGAUUACGUAGGUUUAAAAAACAUGUAAUAUGUAAUAGAGCUUUGCUUAAUUUAAAAAGUGAACAAAAAUCUGUGACUCAGAUUAGAAGUAUUUGGCAAAGAGCUAUAGAUCACAGCACAGAGCUAGGAACGCACUCGACACAUACAGUUACUGUUUUGUAUUAAUUUUUCUGUUUCCUGUUAACGCACAGUGAGAGGGGGAAAACUUAAUCGUUAUGGAUAAAAUGGGUGAAUUAAGGCCUCAGACAUGACCGUGGGAGAUAAAAAAAAAAAAUGCUUUAUUACAGUAUAGAGGGAUAAUUCCCUGCUUACGUUCUUUCAAGUUUUACUGAUAUACUCCAAAGUACAUUGCCAGUAUUCUGUCAUCUGUGAUAAAAUUACUAAUUGUUUUUUAAAAGUCUGCAAAGAAGCCUGUUUUAUUUUGUUUUCUUCACGCAUAUAAAGCAUAUUAAGUAUUCUAAAAAACACACUUUCUGAAAACAUCUCAAAAGAUGCUGUAAUAUAUUUGUAACUAUUAAUGUGCUAAUGGAAUAUAUUUGAGCAGUCUAGGCUUGCAUAACUGAGUGCCAAAUCCUGCUUACUUUAGUUACUUGAGUAGAUGAUUCUCUUAAAUGUGGACUGUUUUAAACUUAAGGAGCAAGAUUUGGCCUCAAGGUUUUCUGCCUGGGGAACACAGUAAUGCUACUUGGCAUAUUCCUGCUGGUGCUAAAUCAUUUGUUGAAAAUAAAGAUUCUAAAUAGAAAUUGUAAAUAAAAUAUUUAUGGCCUGGUCCUUUUGACAGACUUAAAAUUCAUCGUUUGCCAAUAUUUUUUGGCCUUAUUUCAAGUUUCCCUUUUUUGUUUCUUUUAGAGUGUGUGGACUGUGUUUAUUAAUGUGGCAAGUCAUUGGCAGGUUUGGCUUCCUGUGCUGCUUUCUGUAAGGCCCGUAACAUUCCCCUUGUGCGCUACGAUACAGAUGGGUUUUCAUUGCUGGAUUUCAGUGUUAUCCUUCGUCUUGUUUUGUCAUUGUGGCUGUUCAAACAAACAGUAUCAAGUGGAACAUGAUUGGCUUUUGUUCUCUGCUAAAACAUCAAGAAAAUCAGCCAUGACCGUAAGCGUUUGGGGAAGGUGUUGAAAAUCCGAAAAUACCCAUUUAAAAUAAUUUUAAAAGCUAAAUAUGUUAAUUAGCCUUGCCUAUAAAAUAAACUGGAAUAUGAUGUAUCAGUUGCUAAUCUUUGCUAUGAAUUGCUAGCAUUUCACAGUUCUUCUAGCAUCAAUUUCAGAACAUUGUAAAUACAAGCAUUGGGAGGAGGUAUAUUAGUUUCAGCUUGUGCAUUAUAAAAGAAUUUAAUUAUAAGACUAGUGAAUUAGUAUUUUGAGACAUAUUGAAUUAUGACAUCUAGAACAUGAAAAUUAGUGUGUUGAUGUUAUAGAAAUAAGAUAUACAGGGCUUUUGAUAAUCUGCACUUUUUUACGUUUCUGAGUUUUGGCGUUUUAACAAAUGAGUAUUUAAUUUUCCAUCUACUGUCUCGUCAUAUGCAGGCCUUCUAAUCACCAAUUGCUGUCUUCAAAUAUUUGUUUUAGUUAGUUAGCAAAAGGGACAGGCAAAUUUAUAAAUCGUAAACCCCUGUAGGAUGGAAGUUCUCCGAAGAGCCAUUUGGUUAAGUUGCCUUAUUGUGUUACAUUGCACUCUCAUAUUUUGUCUCCACUUUCUUGUUUACUGUUCAGACACUGAAGAUGUGAUGUAAAAAUAUGUGCUACAAAUUUUUAUUCAUAAGUUACUGAUUAAUACCUUUGUCACCUGUUAAUACAGCUCUUGUAAAUGAUAACUUUAUGCCAUCUGUAAUACAGCUCUUGUAAAUUGUUUAAAUUAUUUUUCUUUUUAUAGAUUCUCAUUGCUGAAUGUACAGAUUGGAUCCCUUUAAUAUGUCACUGAGUAAUUUUGUUGGGGCCCAAAUAUAGCCAAUGCUGUAAUUCAUCCCAUCGAAACUGUAAAUAAUUCUUUACUGCUUGUUUGCAUGAAUGAAGUUUGGAUUUCGUUUACUUUGUCAUAACCCAGCUCCUCUGUGAUGGGCCUACUUUUUACAGUUUAUUUUCCUGGUUUUAUUACCGUUUGUUCUGUAUGAAUGUUGAAACAGUACUUUGUCUUUUCCUAAUAAAUAAUUUGAGAUUGUUCA